UCUUUCUGCCCUUGAGCAUCCCGGGUAAACCCGAGCUUGUAAAGUGGGAAGAGGAGGAGGAGAGGGGGGAAGAAGGGCGGGCACAAGCCUUUUCCUCAAAGUCAAUAUUUUAUACUUUUGAUACUCCUUGACGCUGGAUUUCAGUCCUCUUUUCCCAACCGUUUCCAGAUCUAGGACACCGAUCUACCGGGCGCAGCCAUCCACGGUGCGAUAAAAAAGUAUCCGGCAGAAGGCAAAAACAAACAGCGGCCGGGGCAGGCUGAUAACGGGAGUACAGUGAGGACCGCGGCGGGGAACGAGUACAGUGGAUGAUCAGGGGGGUUCUCUUUUUUUUUUCUUUUUUUUUUUGCUCCAAAGAGAGGGGACGUGCAACGCCACACAAAGUGCUGACCUGUCUCGCGGAUGCAUGGUAGAAGACAAUCAGAGGAGCUCGGCCAAUGCAAAACGUCCAAUGGAUAUACCUGAAGACGCAGCAGCUUCUCCUGCAUCCUCCCCGACCUGCUCCACUGUUUCCCUGCAGGACACCGCGCUCUGAGACAUGGACCCGCGUUAACACCUCCCACCCAACUCCCCUGCAACACUAUGGUUAAAGUGUAUGCCGAGAUCCAUCUCUGUAACAUUAUCUGCCUCUCCACCCACCGCUCAUCUUCCUCAGGAAGUCAGCCGUCAAAACAAGAAAGCGUCCCUCUCUCGGCUGUCCGGGGACCGUCAAUAUCUGUGAAGAGACACUGAAAAGUUGCCAAUACAGUGUUCUCCUGUCAUUUAGGGAGUGUAUAAGCCUGGAGGCGAGUUGUGUCAAUUUACCCGCACCUCUCCUUUUACAGUACAGCAGCAUGGCGGUAGGAAUCUCCACUAUUUCCUUAUGAUCACCGCUCCAUGCGCGUCACCUCUCCUCUGAGCUCUGUGCCCCCUCACCCCGUGCCGGACCCCGCACCAAACACCCUACCCCUGCCUGCCAUGCUCCUCCAGGCCGUGUUUCUGCUGCUGCUGCACUACUUGGCCUCCACCCUGGGCCAGUACGAACUGUGCAAGUCCCUGGUGAGCACGGAUGAGGGCUCGGUGUGGGAGCAGUACGCGUGCCAGCCGAAAGCCGCGUCCAUGAAAGACUACAUGCGGAUCAAGGUGGAUCCGCCUGGAAUCACUUGUGGAAACCCGCCCGAGAGGUUCUGCACUCUGGAGAACCCGUACCUGUGCAGUGACGAGUGUGACGCCUCUAACCCAGACUUGGCCCACCCUCCUCAGCUGAUGCAGGACAAAGAACGCAAUGGUUUAAUCACGUAUUGGCAGACAGUUACAUGGAGACGCCACCCAGAACCCCUCCUGGCUAACAUCACCAUGUCCUGGAACAAGAGUCUAGAGCUCACAGACGACAUCCAGAUCACCUUUGAGUACGGCCGUCCUACUAUCAUGGUACUGGAUAAGUCCAUGGACCACGGACGCUCCUGGCAGCCCUACCAGUUCUUCGCCGACGACUGCACAGACGCAUUCAACAUGCAACCCAAACGUGUGCGUGACCUCUCGCCUGCAAACAUCACGCGGGUCAUCUGCACCGAGCAGUACUCGCGCUGGGUCGGCUCCAAAAACGAAAAGAAUGUGAAGUUCGAGGUGCGGGCACGAUUUGCUGUGUUUGCGGGAGCGCGGCUACAGAACAUGGACAGCCUGUACACUCGCAUGGAAAGUAUGAAGGGAUUGAGGGACUUCUUCACCUUCACCAACCUUAGGAUGAGGCUUCUCAGGCCCGCCCUCGGAGGCACCUAUGUCCAGAGGGACAACCUGCUCAAGUACUUCUAUGCCAUCUCCAACAUCGAGGUACCUGCCAGGUGUAAGUGUAACCUCCAUGCCUCCCAGUGCCUGCUGCAGGAUGGGAACCUCCAGUGCCAGUGUGAACACAACACUACCGGUCCGGACUGCCAGCGCUGCAGGAAGGGCUUCAAAGCCAAGUCCUGGAAGGCUGGUUCCUACCUGCCAGCACCCAACGGAACCCCAAACACCUGUACAAUUGCUGGUUCCCCCUCCGGUACUAACUGUGAGUGUUACGGUCACUCCAACCGCUGCAGCUACAUCGACUACCUGAACAUCGUCACAUGCGUCAGCUGCAAGCACAACACCAGGGGCCAGAACUGCCAACACUGCAGACUGGGAUACUUCCGCAACGCCUCUGCUGAACUGGAUGAUGAGAGCGUCUGCAUCGAGUGUAACUGCAACCAGAUGGGAUCCGUUCAUGACCGGUGUAACGGUACGGGCUCCUGCCAGUGUAAAGAUGGUGCCACGGGGGCCAAGUGUGACGACUGUCUGCCAGGAUACUACUGGAAACAAGGCUGUUAUCCUAACGUCUGCGAUGAGGAGAUGCUCCUGUGCCAGAACGGAGGAACAUGCUACCAGAGCCAGAAGUGCAUCUGUCCUCCAGAGUUUAAAGGGGUACUGUGCCAACACUCCCGCUGCGAGGCGGGCAAGGACUGCAACGCCGCCUCUUCCCUGCACCUUACCACGGCCACCCUGCUGCUCUGCACUCUGCUAGCCCACCUGCUGGCCACGUUAACUCCCCACUGAGCCACGAAAAAAAAACACCCUCAGACCGAGGAGUGUGUGUAUAUGUGUGUGUACGUGAGGCAAGGGGGUCACCCAGAGUGGGUAGGGGGGCCGCCUCAGUCGUGGACCCGACGGAACACACACACGGCAAGCACUUGCGAAAGCACACACACACACACACUCACACAACACUAACUAGCCCUUUGCAAACACACAUAUACACACACACACACCUCACAGGACUGUUAUGAUUCUGAGUGUGUGCUCAGGUGUGAGAAGGACAAAUGGAGAAAAAGAGAGGAGCGACCUCAGAGAAAAAAGAUGCAGACGAAGGGGGGGGGGGAUCAUACCAACCACUGUUCCCUUUAUUCCUGAGCUGGAGCAAUGUGCAUCAAACCAAAAAGCAUAAAAACACUUAAAUCACCACUGUUUCACUUCAAAGGGAAUGGCUGUUGUACCCACAAGGACCUUUCUUUUUCUUUUCCUUCUUGGUUGAUUUAAAGGAUCUCACCUCCAUUUGACUGACGGCCAACGUGCGUGUGGUCAGACUCGGUGAGAGUACGCGACACGACGGACGAGUCAGGAGGCGAGGUGCGCGUUUGAUCCUGCUGCUGAGGCCUACAUAGUAUAUUAACCAGGUUUCAUUUCUUCUCCAAAAGAUGAGACUUGAUUUUACAUUUAUUCUAUUUCUGCUGCAUUCUUUUUUUUAAAUUAUAUCUUCAGUCAUUGUAUCUAAUGUGCCCACUAACAGUCGCUGAGAUUAUACAUAUUAUAUAAUAUCCAGGGGGUUACAAAUUAUUAAAAAAAUUUAGUCACUAUUAUGGUUGUUAUAGGAAUGAGUGAUUGUUGCCACACUUAGCGAGAUUUAAUCUUCACACAGUAUUCAGGAAGCAGAAUUUAACAGAAUUUAACUUAUCAGAAGUCUAAAAGAGAGAGAAAAGAUAUCGACCACGUAUCAAUAUUAUAUGACAUUAUUUGAAUAUUUUUUGUAGAAAUUAUUUUUGUUUGAAGUUACAAUAAAUUAUAAAAAAUGA